GCUCGAUAAACCGAACGCUCAUCUGUCCCGCUUCCGCUCGUUGCGCGUAUCGAGUGCUUGACUUAGACCCAUCAUCCUUGCGAACUUCACAAGGCCGCUGGCGGUAAAGGUGGGCGACUCUGUUUCGCAUUGCGCGUCUAUCGGCUGCCAUCAGCGGGGUGGGCUUUCGAUCAAGCACUAGGGUCGCGUACCUAGUGUCGGCGGUGGACACGGCGCACACAGAGUCAAGGCUGCUCCAAAGCCUGGGUGGGCGGGUUCCCUUGUCGCGCUCGCAGCAUCGACUUGUUUCUUUGCUGAGAUUUCGCAAGGGGGAUUCGGUGAGUUUAGCGGUACUUUUUGGAUAGCUAAUAAGAUGAACUUGAAUCUUGAUUUCAGGGCGCUCGCCUUAUCUGAACCGAACCUAUCGCCGUGCCAAUGCUCCCUAGUCUUCAGGUGUGACGGCGCUUUGAAGCAGGCAACUGUCUUACUUGUAGUCAAAAUCCCCACAACUCAUGAUACACAAUAUUUUGUUUUGCAGUACGAUGCGGACAGGCUGCUGCCAGGCACCGUCAGCCUGACCAGUGGUAACAGCCAUGUCCAGCGACCCCAGCUGGAUGAGCUCUUGCGAAACAAGGACAAUAAGCAUUGGGACAUCAAAACUCUCUCGCUAAGCGUGGAGCAGCCAUGUCCUCUCUGGUGUCCAGGCGCUCUAUCUUUUCAUCCCCAGCCUGGGUCCGAGUCUUCUUUCGGUCACUUUGUAGAGCUGGCCAAGGCAACCACAAUUCACAUUGUCUUUGAUUUUAAGCAUCUGCGCAAAGAACAUAAAGGCAUGUUCAAGGCCUUCAGCAAGGUCGCAAGGGGUCUGACCGGCUAUCCCAUCGCCAGAUCACUCACUGAACAAGGGCUGAGGAGGGCAAGCUGGGAGGUCUUGGGUCCCAUUGACGCUAUCUCCGCGCCGCCUCCUUAUGAUGAUUCUUGUAAGCAGUCAAGUCAGUCACCGAAACGCUUCCUGAUUGAAUCGCCUACCGGAUCGCCGAAUUCUGAGAAGACGGUGCCCUUGAGUCCGGCUGCAGCUUAUGCUUUGGAAAAAGCUUUUGGGCAAGCCGCAUCUCCAGUUGACUAUCAGGCUGAGGCCAUCAACGCUGCAGUCAGCCAACAAUUACCUUUGUAUCUCAAAGAAGCCCUCCCGGCCGCCAUCCGGGCCGCCAUCCAAAAUCCGGUCGCCAGCACAACCAAGUCCAAUGCCAGCUCUCCUACUUCCUCAACUAAAUUCAUGGAUCGUGAUGGCGACAGAUGUCCAGGACUGCCACCGCUGACAUCGCUGGGCGGGACAUUGCUUUCGCACCUCCGGUUCCACCUCACCUUGCAAUUCCAACAAUACCAAGCCGACCAAAUGCAACAUUUCGAGCAACUUCUUGACAAGAAGCUUCUUGGGUUUCAGGACUACGUGUACGAUGUGCGAGCACAAGAGACGGCGGAGAUGGUGGAAGAGGUGGAGGAACACAAGGCUAGCAUGUCUAUAUUGAAAGAGGACACUAUUGAAGAUGUUCAGCGUCAAAUCGACGACUUGUUUGCGAGGGCCAAGGAAAAGAGCCUGGCGCUGGGUGACGAUAUGAUAGAGGGGCUUUCCGAGCUGUGUGAUAGCAUUGAGAAGGUGAAGAGGGUGAGGCUGCGAAAGAUGGUUGCAGUAGAGGUGAGCAAGCAGAAGCGAAGGAGAAUGGGUGUAUCGAAGGGCGUGGGCAGGAAGCAGGUUAGGGGCAACCAGCGGCUACUGGGGAAGAGGAAGAGGGAGGAAGUUGUGGAGUGGAUCGACUGUUGA